AUGGACUCCAUAUCCUACUCGACAUACACGUCUAGUCGAGACAUAUCCCAAGUCAGAGUCAACUUUGCACGCCCCCUAUGUUUCUGUGGCUUCACCGCCGUCUCCAUCUACCCUGAGCCUCCCAGCACCACUGGUCGUUGGUCGAGAUCUGCACCACCACCUCCUCCUCCUUCUCCUGCUGUGAAAAAGACCAACUGGGUCUAUGAGUGUCACUUCUCGUCCAAGCAGAGGGGGAUGAUGGCACCUGACCCGUGCGAGGACUGUGAGCGGCGACGGACUGCUCGGAGUCGUCUUCUCGCGAAGAAUACAAAGGAACGCAGGUGGUUUGCGGGAUCAAACUCGGGCAAAGGCUGUGAGCGACACCAGGCAGUCAAGAACGACGAGGUGGAACUGUGGCCCAGAAAGAAGCCUGCAGCAGCAACAACAGCAGCAACAACAGCAGCAACAAUAGCAGCAAAGCACGACCACCACACGGACCAUACAACGACUACAAGCGCAGCGCACAAGACAGUCGUCGGGGCGGACAUCCAAGUAGAGGCGAAGUAUCUGAAUGCGGCCUCGAUGAACGGAUACAAGGUCUGUGGAUUCCAUAUGCACGCACUCGAGUGGCACCAUAUGCAGACCUUGGACGUGAAUCAGAUCCUGACGGUGGCCAAGGACACGUCGUGUGAUUACUUCCAUCUCUCGGUGGUUCGAUGUUUGGACGAUCUGGCAAAGACGACCACCAUCAAGAACUGUAACAUCGACACCAACUAUCACCUGGGACUCAAGUUGUUUCGCAAGGUCCGCUGCUUUUGUGGCAAGGAUGCGAUUCUAGUCAGGGGACCAGCUGUUGCCUCAUCCACUUCUUCCUCUCAAUCGAAUACCACUAACAGUAACAGAGGCAACAACGACAACAGCAACAAUUGCAACAACAACGACAGCGAGGAGUACUUUAUCAUGUGUGCAGGACGAGUAUACGACAACCAUACUGACUAUGAGAUGGUGCCCCAGUCUGGGAUGGACGCGUAUUACAACUACAACAUACGGACUUGGAUCAAGAGCAAGGGGUUCAUCAAUUGUUCUCUCCAGGUCAGGUUACAGAAGGCCAUCUUUGAAUUCAACCUGCUACCUAUCCACUCACGGAUCUAUGUGACUGAUUGGCUGUCCCAGUGGUUUAAGCCCAUAACUCUCGCGCCUCCAACUCAAGCUCUUACAGUAUUUCCAUCGGAGUCUGUUUGGUUUCAGCGUACGGACGAGUUACUGACGACCAUCAGGGAUCCGACGACCGCCUCUUCUUCUUCCAAGGUGGGUGCACCUGCUCUGCCAGUACCUCUGAUCCCGGCAACUCUACGACCGACAUUAGCAUCGAAGAGGCUUGCAACUGUGCAGGAUAUUGGACCUGGUGGUUUGAUGGUUUUGUCGACUGAAGUACAGGUCAAGGAGCGAGACCAACUCAAUAGCGCCACUGGACUCUAUGAGCUGGACAAGGGGCUGAAGGAGGCUUUGGCGCAUCAUGCUGCAGUGGUCAAGUCGAUCAAGGAGAGGACAUCAGUGCUAUUAAGUCGGAGUGAGGAGCAAUAUCAGUACCGCAAGGAGAUGGACAUGACCGAUUAUCCUUCUGUAGCGAUGCUUCUUUGCAACAAGUGCAAGAACAGCACCUCUCGCGACUUUUGUGUUAUCUCUCGCGCUCGACCGUCGUCGCCUUUUCCUCCACCACCUUCACAACACAAACACAAGCUGGGUCAAGGAGACACCACCACUACUUCUUCCCAGACAGUCCCCACGACUUUACGAUCAAUUCACUUGCCUUCACCAAAAGGAUCGGAUGAUGAACACGUAGAUGCGCCAGGAGCACAAAUGGACGAACUUUUCGACCUGCUGGACCCCUUGACCGGACUGAUUGCCCCAAACAGCGAGUUGGACCAGGCAGAUCGGGAAUUGGAGCAGACUAUGACAAGACACGCCAUGGUUUUUGAGAGGACUAUGGAGGUCUGGUCACGUCUUGUGCCUGAUUUUAUUCAAUGCCGAGGAUGCUGCUUCCGAGAGGCGGGUUUGGAUGUCCUGCCUGCCACCAUCAUUUUCUGUGUGCUGAGUGUAUUGACCAGAUCGAAUUCUACCUCGUGCCUCAUGGCAUGCGUGGCUAAGAGGUAG